AAUGCACGGUAAAUCAAGUAGAGGCUAGUACCUUCGCAAACUUGAAUACAUUCUGCAAGGGCUCACCCCUACGUCAGUGCUCCCAGAGCCGACAGGAUCUGACCCCACGGCCUUUCAGGCGUUCCCACAGCCCUGCGAUCCUACAUAGCCUGCGCGCGCCUCACGCUUAUCCUUCGCCAACGAUCGCUCGCGCAAUACAGGAUGGCGACACAAGAAGAAAGUCAGGUGACAACCUGCAAAGAGUUCUUGCAGACGUUUGAGAGAUGGUCAGAUCCAACCUGGGGCUUCUUCGUUUACGGCACCUAUACGCGCACACAAGACCAGGAAGUCUCAAACGAAGAUACAGAUAGGAAAAGCAGAACAGAUUCGACCGGCGAUGAUGCGCACUUCCAAGCAAUGAUCCGCAAAGUCUACGCCCACGCAACAGAUAGCCUGCGUUACACCCACCCAGCGCCAUACAACCAAAAAAUGAUAGACAACCUACGUCUCGAUCCUGCUGCUUAUAUGCCUGGAGCAUCGCUUGACGUCGUCUGCAAGCAUUUCCGCCAACACUAUGCUCAAAAAGUGUUCCCAGAGACAAUGCAUGAACCUGGGCCUCCCGCGAUACAAGACGACAUUCCCGACGAGGAGAAACUCGGUCCAAAGUGGAGCUGGUGUAUAGUAAUCGAUGAUGAGGCGCUUGAGAGUCUGGAAAACGGCCCCGAACCCAUAGGAGAUACGCCGCCAGAAGGCGUAAGUCCUCGUCAACUACAACAUAAUGCCAAGAACGCAUUUGUAAAGUUGCUGUCCGGGAUGAAGACGACGAUGGAGAAGCCUCAAGUGAUGAGUGCAUCAGGUCGGGCAGGUGCUGGAGUCGGAACAGUGUGGAAUGGAUGGCUCAAGUUUUCGCCUGUGGAUCUUAUGGGUGUCUGGAUUCAUGCGGAGGGUGGGAUUAUCGAGGAUGUGUUUGAUGGAGAGGACAAACUUUUUGACUGGUGAUCAUCGAGGAUGAUGUGCCGUAUAUGCGAUGGCAGCUUGGGUGCGUACACUUGGCACUCGAAUCGAUCAAAUCAGAUCCUCUAGGCAACCAUCCUUCGUUCAAAAGUAGCCGAUAUAUCCGGUC